AUGUAUGAGAUGAACCCUGGUCAAGCGCAAAGGUUUCUUGGCGAGAACUUCAGGUGGCCUUCCUCGAUGCCAGAAUGUCAUAGAAGGGAUGCCCUCGUACAAAUCGCUGACGUUGAUCUCGAAUUUGAUGACGAUAUAGGGUUUAACCUUAUAUUUUUCUACAAUGCACUCGACAGAGGCGAGUUUUCUGGUCAUGAAAAUGAGUGGGCGACGGUGUACAACCAGAGAGUAGUAGAGUAUGGACAGCAGUAUAACGAUGAACAAUUGAACAGCGUUCUCGAAGCUAUGCCUAGUGCCAUCCAACUCCCAGUUGAUCAGACACGUCUGCCACGUAGUAAGCCGGCGAAGAUGGUGGUUGUUCAGCGUACUAAUAAUGUUCGCGUCAGAAGACCUGGAGAAACUAAUAUUAUCGCUCUACUUACAUAUGAUUUUUAUGACGGUGCAAAUAACAACAAAAAGUAUACAUGUGUGAUUGAUACAGGUGCACCAGAAACAAUAUUACCGUAUUAUGUUAAACAUAGGCUUGGAAGGAGGGGGUGGAGUACAGCAUCAAACCUAAUGGCUGGAGGUUAUGGAGCACCUGCAAGACAAGUUUCCGCGUGUUCAUUUUUUGAGGUGUCCAUUGGUGACGAUAAUAAUUGGAGCAAGUGGGUUCAAGCAAAAAUUCUAAUCUGGGAAAAAACUCCCGGCAAUCAAGUGGAACAUGCCCUUGUUGGUAAUGAUAUUACAGAUCAAUUGGCAUACGCACAUGAGCCAGGGAAUCCAUUAAAGUUCUUAGAUAUUGUAGAUGAUACUAGACUCACCACGUUUUUGAAUGGAUGCAGUUAA